CAGAAGGGGAAACUCACACCCUUGUCAUAUCUGACCAUCACAGGUAUCUGAUUAAUGUUCUUUAAAAAAAAGAUGGAGGAACUCUCUUAUUUGUUCUUACUUUUGGGUGUCUUUUUCAUUCAGGGGAGUUCAGAAAACUUGAAAGAGAAUUUGGCAUUAAAAGGAACAGCUAUACAGUCAUCCACAUACGGUUGGGCAGCUGCAAAUGCCACAUUUUCCACUUGGGGAGCUACAAAGGCCAUUGACGGCAUGAGAUACGCUCCAGGUUUAGCCUCAAGCUGCUCCAUCACAGGAUAUGAGCUCAACCCGUGGUGGAGGCUGGACCUGCUGGAUUCUUACUCCAUUGCCAACGUGAUCGUCACCAACAGAGCCGACUGCUGUCCGGAGCAAACAGCUGAAGUAGAGAUCCGCAUCGGAAACUCUCUGGAGAACAACGGCAACAACAAUCCCAGAUGUGGUGUCACUUCACUUGCCCCAGCAGGCAGUUCUGUCAGUUUCUCUUGCGGUGGAAUGGAAGGUCGUUAUGUGAACAUGUACAUUCCUAACAUCCACGCAUACCUCACGUUGUGUGAGGUGGAGGUUUAUGGAACAGACUCUUGUGAAGACUCCAUAUGACCCAGCACCUGUGAGUAGAUGAUGCCUACCCUGCAAGGACUCCAGACACAAAAUGAUGACAUUUUCAUUGGUUUAAAAUGCAC